AUGGCGCCAGUACGCGACACACGGUGGCUAGGGUUCGGGGUGACAUUACUAACCCUGGCGGUACUGGUGGGUUUGGGUGUGGAAGCGACAGAGACAACUGACAGCUACCGACUGACGGGGAGCAGUCGCAGCAACAGCAGCGCAUCGACAGCGUCCGCAAAGGAGACGGUGUCAACAUCAACUUCAUCAACCUCAACCGACGCUACUAUCAACCGCUGUCGCGAAGCCUGCCUGACAAAGCAUGCCGUGCCCGAUAUGGCGUGCAGCCAAACGCGAGCCUGCUCCACGUGCUGGAGCAGCUGUACCAAUCCGGGAGCUCCACCACCAACACCACCAUCCCGUAGAACCACUCUACCCCGAUGUCAGCUACAGCUCACCGUGCAGCGGAUGGUACGCAACGAGUCUCUCGUCACGGCGGACGUCAGCUGGUCGGCAACCCUGUCCGACAUCUGCAAUGGUACCAGCAUCGGACUGCCCGGUUCCAGCCAGUGUCUCGUCACGUGGGAGGUGUCCGGCGGUGGGCUGAUGGGCAACCUGCUGACUGAGUCCACCAGCGUGCAGCUAUCGCUCUGGUCGGACACAAACUACCGCGUGCAGGUUACAUGCCGCGGUAAGCAUUCGAGCUCCCUGAUCCGGUCGGCACCGCUUGUUCUCAGUACCGCCGGUGCUGGCACCACGCAGGAGGCAAAUCGGGUGACGCCGCUGCCGGAAGGGACGGCCUCCACGGUACAGCUGCUGAGCGAAGUUGCCGAAGGUGAUGACGAUGAGGCGCUGGCGCGCGAACUCGACUCCUCCGAAGUGCUCGACCGGGAUGGACACCGCAAGCGACCACCGAGUCCCCUCCAUCCCUGGCCAAUCGCACGAGAAAGCGAGAGUGAGAUCGCUAUCCUGGCGCUGUUUGUCGCGAUGCUGCUCUUUCUGCUCGUCCUGCUAACGAUCGUGAUACUGGUCAAGUGGCGACCCGCACCCGGUGAGCCCGAUCGGCACGAGAAAGACGUGCUGGUGGAGAACGACGUUAUGGUUGAGAUCCUGCACGUCUAG